AAUAUUUUUUAAGGUGAAAGAAUCAAAAUUGGUUUCCACAUGGAGAGCGUUCAAAAUAAUUCAGGUGUAAAACUAUAAAGAUUCUCCACCAAUUCUGGAGCUCUCCGUUGCCAUCGCAGAUCCUCGUCGUGGACCGAUUCCGACCGCCGUCACUCUGUUUCACGCAAUUCCUCUCUUUGUUCCGUUUUGCCGUUUCUCCUCAUCGCCGGCGCCGGGACCCUGCUCUGCCCUUCAAUACCCUCUCAUUACAGCCCCAUCAUCCGCCGUUCUCCGACACGUCCAUAUCCGCCGUCUUUUCUCUUUCCUAUAUUUUCCCCUAAAACCCUUCUCCUGUCGCUCUGCUUGGGAUCAUUUCUAUUAGCUUCCAGUGAUUAGGCCGUUCCCAGUUUCUGGGUUUUGCGUGCCUUGGAACCCUAAUUCAUUUCGGGAAGUUUCCUUGGAGUUCUGAUUCUUCUUUCUUUUUUGUGUGGCUGUUUUUAUUGGGUUCUGUUUUAUUCCUUUUGUUAGUUCUUGAUUUGGAAUUGGGCAAGUAGGAGAUGUCUGAGAAAUUCUCGGCAACAUUGAGGAUAGGCGAUCUGAAUGAUUUCAUAGCGCCUUCUCAGGCUUGCGUUGUUUCUCUCAAGGGGCUUAAAGCCACGACCACGAAGCCGGAUAGAGUUGAGGUUUCGGCUUCUAAGAAGCAAUUGAAAGCAGAGCCAGUUAAAAUUUCACUGAAGGAUUGCUUAGCAUGCAGUGGUUGUGUAACAUCAGCAGAGACAGUGAUGCUGGAGAAGCAAAGUUUGGAUGAAUUUCUUUCCAACAUGGAUAAUGGAAAGGUUGUAAUUGUCUCAUUAUCUCCCCAAUCUAGAGCCUCACUCGCUGUACAUUUUGGUAUCUCCCCUCUAAAGGUUUUUAAGAAACUCACGACAUUUUUGAAGUCCAUGGGAGUAAAAGCUAUAUUUGAUGCAAGUUGCAGUAGAGAUUCCUUAAUUGAAGCUUGUAAGGAGUUUAUAGCAAGGUACCGACAAAGCCAGUCGGUCAAUGAAGAAAAAUGCAAAUCAUCCGUUCCUAUGAUCUCAUCAGCAUGCCCAGGAUGGAUAUGCUAUGCUGAGAAGCAACAUGGAUCCUACAUUUUGCCUUACAUUUCAUCAGUGAAGAGUCCUCAGCAAAUGAUUGGAUCAAUAGUCAAGCAUCAUAUAUGCCAAAAAUUGGGUAUUAGAUCAGAUGAUGUUUAUCAUGUUACUGUGAUGCCCUGUUAUGAUAAGAAACUGGAGGCAGCUAGGGAGGACUUCGUUUUUCAGUUGGACUCGGUCAACAAAACUAGGGAGAAUGAGGCCCCCAGAAUUACAGAAGUAGAUUCAGUACUGACUUCUAGUGAAGUUCUAGAAUUGAUACAGCUGAAAGAGGUCGACUUUAAGAAUCUUGAAGAAUCCCCCUUGGAUAGAAUACUGACAAAUGUCAAUGAAGAAGGGCAUCUGUUUGGAGUUCAUGGAAGUUCUGGUGGUUAUGCAGAAACAAUUUUUAGGCAUGCUGCAAAGGUACUCUUUGGAAAAGAAAUUGAAGGCCCUUUGGAAUUCAAAUCCAUUCGAAAUUCAGAUUUCCAGGAGCUCACUCUAGAGGUGGAAGGGAAGACCCUAUUGAAGUUUGCACUAUGCUAUGGAUUCCGAAAUCUACAAAACGUUGUCAGAAAAAUAAAAACAGGAAAAUGCGAGUACCAUUUUCUAGAGAUUAUGGCCUGCCCUUCAGGUUGUCUAAAUGGAGGGGGCCAAAUUAAACCCAAGCCUGGACAAUCUCCAAAGGGUUUGAUUGAAUUAUUAGAAGCUGCUUAUGAGGAAAAUGUUAUAAUUAGAGAUCCUUUUGAGAACCCAGUGGUGAAAGACAUAUACAAGGAGUGGGUGGAGAAAUCAGGUUCAGAGAAGGCAAAGAAGCAUAUGCUGCACACUGAAUACCACCCAGUGGUGAAAAGCAUUACUGCCCAACUCCACAACUGGUAACAAACUCCCACCUCCUAUCUUACAAUUUUGUGUUAGUAGAUGAAUCAUAAUCAUAUGCCUCAUGGUUGCUGUGAUAAUGUCACCCGGUGCUUCUCUUCUGGAAAGGAAAGCUCAGUUUUGAUAGAUUUAAAAACUUUAAAAAUGUAAUUCUUAUUGUUCUUCCACCUCACACAAGUCAGCCUCUGCUGCUCUUCAUCUUGUACAUCAUGAUCUGUAUUUAUGUUGUUUGAGCAAAUGUGCUCUUUCUUUGUGCCACUGUGCCUAUUUCUACGUAAUUGUAUUGGCUUAAGGUGCAUCCACAAAUUUGUAUAAAGCAUAUUUUAACAUGUAAAUGGAGCACUUUGGUAGUUCCCUGUUGUUGGCUGAUCAAA